ACCGCUAUAAAAUUUCUCGCCACGAGGCGCUCCCUCUUCUUUGCUCUCCCAUUUCUCCGGCUCCUCCCCUCCCCUCCCCCGUUCGCCCAACUCGAAAGCUCCAGCGCCCGCCGGAAUCACCCCGUCCCCGCAGCUUCCCGGCGGCCCCCGCCUCGCCGCCAGCGGUGCCGUACCCGCCGGUUUGUCGGUGAGGUGUCAAACAAAUUGUGCCUUUUGUACUGGUUGUACUACAGGAUUCAAUGCCUCUCUUCAAGAGAACACCUUUCUUCUUACUGGGGCCACCAAAGAACCUGGAUCCUAAUGAGAAGGUGUUCCAAGUUAGGUUCACGAAGGAGAUAUUCCGAGAUUAUCAAGAAUACCUGAAUAGGUUGAACCUUUACCGCCAGAGGGUCUGGACAUGCAAGUUGUCCGGAAAGUCUAAUUUAACCUAUGAGGAAGCUUUGGUCUGGGAGCAACGUGCUGCAGAGAAGGCUCAACAGUUGCCAAAAGAGCUAAUGGCACCUGUUCUCCGGAUGAUUCAAUACAGCACUCUUAACUUGACUGACCUUGUCAACAAAGUGUACAGUAGUCUACUCUUGGAUCUUUUUGAAGGAUUAGAACUGCAUGCUAAACAAGAUGGUUCAGAGACUGCUUGCAAGAUUCUGAAGGUUAUAGGCUCUGGCAACACCAAAUUGUACGAGGUGGGUUGGAUUGGUCAAGACAAUGCAGUAAUAAGCACUUCAGUACUCAAAGCUGAUGAUCUAAUUCGCAAGAAGGCACCUGCUAGUCGUAAUACACUGAAAAAUUUUAUUAGAGAUUCAACAUCACAGAAUUGUCCAUGGAUACUACAUGCAAAUCUUGCAAAGAAAUACAGGAUAUCCACUGAGCCCCCAGGAGAUAUGAUGAAUGGUGAAGGUUUGUACAAAGGGAGGAAAAGGCUUGAGAAUGGAACCACAGAAGAUGCUCAAAAAAAGUUGAAGAAAGAUGCGAAGCAAGUAGAACCGCCAAUUAAAUACCCAAUUGAUGAUCUUUUAGUGAAGCCUGCAGCAGAUGAUCCCGUUUUGUCAAAGAGACCUCCACUAUCUACAGAAUUUAGAGUGCCUGUAGAUUCUGUGGGAGAUCUCCUUAUGGUCUGGGACUUCUGUUUGUCGUUUGGGAGGCUUUUAUGCUUGUCACCAUUUUCCCUCUCAGAUCUGGAGAAUGCAAUUUGCAACAAGGAAAGCAACCUUAUUCUUCUUGUGGAAACACAUGCUGCACUUUUCCACUUGCUCAUUAAAGAUGAAAGUGAAUAUUUUACAUUUCUCCAAAAUAAGAAAAGGAAAUUAAAGGUAACUUUAGUCACCUGGGCUGACUAUCUAUCUGAUUUCUUGGAAAUGAUGAGUAAAGAAGAAUUCUCCUGUAAGGUGUCGACAGUACGAAGGGGUCACUAUGGUCUUGUUGACCCUGGUCUAAAGCUUAAAAUUCUAAGGGAACUGGUAGAUGAAGCCAUUACAACUUCUGCUUUAAGAGAGAAAUUAGAUGAACGGAUUGACCAGCAACAGGCACUUGCAGCAGCAAAAAGAGAGGAUAUUAGAAACAAUAGGAAAGAGCAGAAGCUGAACAUGGAAGGGGCAGCUGAAAAUGGAAUAAAUCACACCGAUGCUGCACAAAAUGGCAAUGGAAGUGUUAAGGGUCAGCACAAGGGAAAAGAACGAGAGGACUCAAACAUUUUUUCUUCCAGCAAAAUGGGAGAUGGGAAAAUGUAUCUGAGAAGACACCACGAAACAGAAAUGGAGCAACAAUCAUUGCAACCCAGUCCUCUUGGAAAAGACAGGUUCUAUAACAGGUAUUGGUUUUUUAGGCAUGAAGGAAGACUUUUUGUCGAAAGUGCAGAUUCCAAAGUGUGGGGUUACUACAGCACUAAGGAACAGCUUGAUGCACUCCAUGGAUCAUUGAACAUCAAGGGCACAAGGGAGAGAGCACUCAAGCGGCAACUUGACAAGUCCUAUGAUAAGAUAAGUAAUGCCCUGGAAAAGAGAUUGAAGGACGCCGAACAUAGAAUGUUACUUGAAGAGGCUCUAUUACGGCGUUCCACUCGUGUACAUGCCCAACCAAAGGAGGAUAACCCUUCUCUGUCAUUCCUCAAGUAUGUCAACAAAUGGAAACGAAAAUGAGAUGUACUCCGUAGUUGAUAGGAUCGGCAUUUUUUCAUGGCCACUCUUCAAACCCUCUUAGUGGUCCAAUUUGGUAUCUUGAUGCCCCAAAAGCAGAAUUCUGUCAUGGAGUGCUUUUGAAAGAUAAACCAAAGGGACUCAAGUGAGCUAAUUUUUGUGAACACUUAAGCAGCUCGAUUCGAGCUGCAUGCUAAUUGAUGCCAUCCUUGUAAGAGCUACAGUUACAUUAUCUUUCUAGUUUGUGUCCUAGUUACGUCUU